AUGAACACCUCAAGCCUUUUUUUUACAGCCACCGCUCUCAGGUUCAUCCAGCUUCCAUCUCAGCCCGAUGGAACCAAAUCACCAGCAGUCGGAACGGCCAACGAGCUGCUGCCAGACAACUCCCCCGAGACCGCGAGCGCGCGAGCAGCGCAUGGCAUUGAGGAAUUCACCAUGCCUUCCUGUCCGUACUUGUCUCGUCGUCAACCGGAUUUAACUCCUAAACGAGCUCAGACACCACCUCAGACACCCGCGAUAAUUGAAUAG